AUGGGGUCCCGUGACUUGAGCACUGUGGCGGGCAGGGCGGUCGGCUGCUGGCUGUGCCUGGCCGUGGUGCUGCUGGCCUGCGGGGGCGCGGGGGGGCAGAAGGCCGGGAGGGCGGAGGGCGGCGGGGAGUGCUUCGCCCUCGUGGAGUAUGUGGCGCUCAUCGGGGACGUGCGGACGGCCAACCUGUCGGACUUCUUCAGGGGGGAGCUGAGAGUGCAGGAGAUCGACGCCGAGGAGGAGAUCGUGAAUGGGUCAAUAAAGUUGGCGUGGACUUUCUCAGCUGGCGAGACACUCAAAGGGCGGUCCAGCAUCAAUGCAGACCGCACGAAAUUUGGGUAUUCUUCUGAAACCGUUGACGAACAGAGGAUUACAUUGUGGUGGAACGACUCUGCAGGCUUUUCUGAUGGAUCGUUAUCUACGGUACGAUUCAGUGGAGAGAAGGGGAACAGCGCACCGGCUGAUGCAGGCUUCACAAACUACACGUUGGCAGCCCCAAAUAACGUGGCGCUCAAUGAUUACCAAUGUGUUCCCAUUGAACACGAAGAUGAGCUCGUAGCAAUAUCGAAAGAAGAAGUGAAUCGAGGCGACCUUGUCUUACUCUAUAUGCCGUUGGAGUUCACAAACUUCAGGUCGUCCGAUGGUUUUGGGAUACCUUCCACCACAUUUGCAUUCAGGAUUAUCAAUGUGGGAUCAAGGGUCAUCGACCUGAAGCAUGUGCGUUUGGAAUACUGGUUCCAUGGGGAUGACAGAUCUUUGGUAACAAAUGCAAAGGAGAUGCCCUUCAAGGGCGACUGUCGGGCUUCUACAGCAAAUUGCUCACUGACGGUGACAAAAAUACGGCCUGGGCAACGAGGUGUUCAAGGGGCCCAAUUCAAAAUGGAGAUCUCCUUCCUGGAAGGUGCAGGAAUUCUCCCCACAAACGAAAGCUCGCUAUCAACAGAACAGAACGUGUCCACGGCGCCACCGCUCCUUGAGGCCAUUGUCAACAUCACGUCCACCAAGCUCUUCGGCCAGAUGAAUUCAACAAGGGACUUCUCAUACCUGGAGACCGAAAUUGACGACAACAAGUCACUUCUGGCCGAUAUUCCUGACUUGGUGAACCGUGUCUACGCUAAGAAUAAACGCAUGCCAGUGUAUGUGAAAGGAAAGCGUGUGUGGGGAAGCUCACCCGAAGCUGGAGAGGAAAAGGUCGAGGCUGAUGGCCUGGAAUGUGAGGUUGUCAAUGUUAACACAGCACGAUGCGGGUUGCGCAAACAGUAUUGUUGUAAGACCGAGCUCAAAGUUGCCCCUCCGCCGCCUCCGGUUGGGAUCCUGAACGGCACUCUUCCAGGGACAUCCGAAGGCAGUUCAACAGAUUCCCCAAUUGUUCCGUUGAUAGGGGGCGUUGUUGGAGGCCUUGUGGGGCUCGUGGCCAUAGCUUGUUGUUGGAGGAGCAAGAAGCGUCGGCAACGCCAGAAGUUGCACAUUGCUAAUUUGGAGAAGAUGGCACGGGAGCAGGAGCCCUACAAGCAGAUCAAGCAUUCAGCACGGCCCGAAUCCCCAGCACUCAGCGAGGACAAUCUCGACAUCGACGGUCUUGAUGAAGAGCUGGGAAUAGAUAUGAGAGAAGGAGAGUCAGAGCCUCUCAUCGCUGCCAAGUACCACACUGUCCCUUCCAUAUCAGGGGCUGACUCCAGUUUCCUCAUGGAGAUGAAGGAAAGGAGGGAGUCCACAGACGUCGAAGCCAGGGACAUCAAGUCCUGGAAUGGGUACAUGCACUGGCAGUGGGAAGGUUUCGAGAUGUCCUUUGCGACAGAAUGCCAGCAAGUCCGCCGGACCACCACGGGGGCAGCCAAUAUGGGCCCUCAGGGGGUCCUCACACAGAACUUUCAAAACCUGUCAGCAGUGAACUUUGAUGUUGACUACAAGACGGAGAUCGAACCCUUUCUGGGAGAGAAGCUUGGGGAGGGUGGCUUCGGAAAGGUGUUCCAGGCAACGUGGAGGCACGUGAAGGUGGCUGUAAAGGUGAUGAAGAUCGACAAUGAUUCCAUGCAGCAGACACUGGAGGAUGAAAUCAAACUGACCAGCAGGUUCCACCACCCAAAUAUCGUUAAGGUGUUGGCAGCCUGCUUCAGGGACAAAGAGAACAUUUGCCUCAUCAUGGAGCUUGUGGAGAAUGGCAGCCUGUCACAGCGCAUCCACAAUCGCAAUAAGAGAAAACUGGAGUACAUGGAAGUCCUGAAGCUUGGGCAUGACAUUGCCCAGGCGCUGGCUUACUUGCAUCCUACAGUCAUCCACCGCGACCUCAAGCCUCAAAAUGUCCUGUUGGACUUGAAAGGGAGAGCCAAGAUCGCUGAUUUCGGCAUAUCCAAAUUCAAGGAUCCACACAAGAGCUACCUCUCAGUCACGCAGACAGGAGGCACACCCAACUACAUGGCACCAGAACUCUUCAAUGGGACCCGCGUGGAUGAGAGGUGUGACAUAUUCUCGCUGGGCUGCAUCUUGUACGAAGCCGUCACUCGAAAAGUGCCAUUCUCGGACCUGCCUCACGACAAUUUCGCUCCACCGCUCUUCCAGAUAAUCAAGACGGUCGCGAUUGACAAGAAGCGCCCCAAGAUUCCGGAGUACUGCCCGCACAAGCUUGCAACGUUGAUUCGUGUGUGCUGGAGUGACAACCCCAAGAAGAGACCGAGUGCUGCCAAAGUGAAGGAAAUCAUCGAGGGUAUGAUGAAGGAGGAGAUGCAGCACCGAAAGGGUGACGCACUGAAGGAGCGACAAGCCAGCGGGGAUGCGGCGAGCAACUCGGGCAACAGUACAGGCCCGUCGCCCCAGCCGGACUCCCAGGUCAGCCGCCGACCCAGCUUCUUCUCAGGCUGGAUGCGCGGCUCCCAGGGCCGAUCCCCUACUUCGGACAUCCCCGACUCCCCGGCCAACGCCAUCCCCCGGCCGCCCCGCCGCCCCGCCGAUCCCCAGCCGCCGCCGGGCUGGCACGACGACGCGGCUCCCCGGGGGCGCAGCAUCCAGAUCAGCGACGACACGGUGGGCAUGACCGGCGUGCCGCCGAGCCAGGACCGCGGCGUCUCCGUCUCCGGCUCGUCGCUCGACGACUCGUCGCUGCUGGAUGGAAGGCAGUGGCGCGGGGCGUCGGAGAACAGCCAGUCGUCCGCGGACACGCCCGGCCGCGACCGGGUUCCGUCGGUAGGCAUGCAGCUGCCGGGAGUGCUGCCCUAUGCGGGGCACAAGGGGAGGGCGGGGCGGUCGCACAGGAACAGGAACUUCAUCCUGCCCGUGACCGAUGCGCAUGUAAAUGGGCGCUACUGA